AUGGCUGUGCUCGUUACUGAUGCAAAUGCUACGACAUUUUUCGAUAAUCUUCCAGAAAGUCUGAUAACUAGCACAUUAUUGCCUGCGCAUACUCUAGCGUCUGUAACUCGAACAACUAGCGAUGACUGGGAACUUCUUCAACCAAGCCUAGCAGAAUUGAUAGAACAACUGAUACCUUCCUACCUUUUCCUUUUCAUUGCGGGUCUCAUAUGUUCGCUACUGACUGUUGCGCUUCUGUAUGUACUGAUCGUAUCACCUAGAAUGCGAAAAGAAUCAAAGUUUUUGAUAUUCUUGGCUUUCGGAGACUUGAGCAACUGCAUGGGAAUCUCAUUACUGGGUAUAUAUCGGUAUACGUUAUUCCUUCAUUGUGCGGAACUUAAACGGAUUCCUAAGGAAACUUCUCUUACAUGUGCUGCAAAGCCGUUUGUUUGGUUUAGGAUUGUAGGCAACAUAUGGCCACCGUUAAUGCUCGUACUCAUCAGCUUUGAUCGCCUUUUCAUCACAUGGAUGCCACUUUCAUACAAUAGAUGGGGAAAUUGCACUUGCAUAUUCAGCAUAGUCUUCGUAUUGGUAUUCUGUAUUAUUGGUGCUGCUCUAGCUGUCACACACCGAGAACAACCCGUAAAGUUUGACUGCGGUAGGAAAGCUGCUUAUUCAGUAACCUUUGCGACGGUUAUCUAUUAUUUCGAAACAUUGGGCUACGGAGCCGCUUUCCUCAUCAACGUCGUCGCCUACAUAAAGGCUAGAAGCAUUGUCACGUCAGUGGUGGUACGAGAACAGCUAAGACGUACUCGUGUAUACUUAGCUGUCAAUAUCCUAUCAGUUCUGCUCGUUAUCGCACCAAAUUUCAAGUCACUCUCCAUCCGUAUGCUGCGUUACAUUGGCAUGAGCGAAAAUUUGUUCCUUAUGAUAAACCUCGCAAGCUUGAUCAACUCUUCGUUCAACAUCUUCAUCUAUAUAGCCUUAUAUCAGAGUUUUCGCACAGAAAUCGUUUAUGCGCUAGGAAUGCAAACGUUCUUUGGAAAACGACAAGGUUCUGCCAGAUCUCCUGUCUUCACUAGACGCACUACAAAGAGAUUUACAGAGCUUAAUCAGUGA